AUGCAGCCGACUCUUUCUGACGAGACUUUCUGCUUGAUCCUCGAAUACGUGCGGGGUAAAGAGGCUCUUUGGAACCUCCUCUUGUCUUCGCAAAAGCUCUGCGAGCUAACGAAGCCGUUCUUCUACGCCAAUGCAGCAUUUCAUCCAACAAUAGAAAACCUCAGGUGCUUCCUCAGAGCAAUGGAACUCCAGCAUAAUGGACGACACACGGAGCUCUUUGUUCGCACCCUCAUAUUCUACGCCAAUGAUGAACCCCUUGAAGACACUCAGCUUCGACUUGUUAAUAAGAUUCUGAUGAAGACGACCAACUUGACGUCGCUCAGUCUCGUACUCCCGUCACCCCGACCCUCUCUUCAAUUUCUUGAGGAUGCGACGUUCUCUCUCAGUGAGCUCAGUAUCAGCGUCCCCGACAUGGACGACAAUCUGGUCCAUUUUUUAGAGGCACAAUCACAGCUCAAAGCCUUGCGGCUCGAUUGUUCCUCUCAAAGCAAGUCUAGCGCAUCUCAUUUCCGCUCCCCAUCCUUCCUAAACCUCCAGGUCUUGAUCACUACAUAUUCCGUCUUCCACCAAUUCUUCGAACUGCGUGCAUGCGUGACGCACCUCACUGUGCUCGACCUUCCGUAUUAUACCCGCCCUGUAGGUCGAAACAGCUUUCUCGACAAUAUACGGGUGUUUUCGUGUCAUUCUUACUUCGGCCCGACCGUGCUCUUGAAAGGGGUCUUAUUCUUCCCCAACCUUCAAUGGAUGGAGAUUCGCUCAUCGGCCAGUAUUCAUGAAGUCUUCAAAGGACUAUGCACCGUCUCCGAGCACAUUCGAAACCUUCGAGGUGUACGAUUCGCCUAUCAGGAAGCCACACCCUUCCUAGUGAGUGAGGCGAAGAAAUGCUUUGAUGCCCUCGCCUCGCUUCAGUUUGUAGAAUUCUGCGGGGAACUUGGAUGCUGCCAACGCUGGCAUCGGGAUUCGGUUGCACCGACCGAAAUCAGGUGGAAGAGCUUGGGAGGCAGCGAGUGGUUGUUUGAUUGGGAGAAAGACGUCGUUGAGGUUGAUGGCGACGAAAUUCUGCCAGAUUGGUUAUUUUGA